UUGGCGGUUGCAGAUGCACAUGUGCGAGGUACGAGGUGUGGGUAAUUGCUGCUUCGUCUGAAGAUGAAUGACUUCGAGGAUUUCGGCAUCGAGCACGAUAGCGGAAGAUGUUCAGCAUUGUACAUUUUGAUGAGAGGGACGAAGUUUCUAUUGUUCCAUCAACCUGGCUAAUGGGAAGAAACAAAGUUUUAUGGCCACCUUACAAGAACUCCAAGAAAGUAGCCGUCGCAAUUAAAGCAUGCGAAAAUCCAUCAAGCAAUUGGUCACAGCACAACUGCCGGGUACUUUGUGAAUGUGACACAUAUGAAACAGCACGGCAGAAAGAGUAAAAAGCUGCCAUGACAUCAGAUUUGACAACUGAUGAUGACAUGUGUGAACCAAAAAGGAAGCGGUGCCGUCCACAGCGAUUUGAGUCCUCUGAUGAGGAGAGCGCAUCAAUCAUGGGGGCGCAUUUCUUGUUUUUUAAACAAGCCAGAAGUGCCUGUUUCACGUUCGCAGGCAACACCACAGUGUAUUCGUCGCCCAAGGCCUCUCUGCUUGUCCGCUUCCCGCGUGCAUGGAGCAGUUUCAACCUCAGAGCCAGCGCCAAAAUCUUCUACUGUGUCUGCUGAAUCCCAGCAACAAGAAAUACAGAAGUCACGAAAAUCCAGGGUUAUACCUUUCAAGAAUUGGUGGAUCGUCGCCCCAGGACUGCUUACGGCACAUUAUGCGUCACUGUAUGAAUGACAGCUUCGCUCAAGGGUUCUGCCUCACCGGCAGAAAAGGAAAACGUCCAUUUCUCGAACUGCGGCAGUUGGAAGUCAUUUAUGGUGCUGUGCGGAAAAGCUACCCAGAAGUGACUGAUGCAACAUUACAAUCGUGCGUGGCAGACUGGCUCAGGUAUGCACCUUCAAGGGUUAAGAAGAGCUGAUUGUCUCGUAAGAUACCGCCUCUCACAUAUAAUUCUUCUAGGAGGCCAUAUACUUUCACUAAAAAGAUGUGCGUUUCUGUUGCAGGAACUUCACUGCAUGAAGUACAAAGCGUAUAAAGUUACUGUGCAGCAUAUAAAAUUUUUACGUUAAAAAUAAAGUA